AUGGCAGAAGUAGUCCAAGCCCGGACCAUGUUCGCGCCAGCCUCACCGUCCAGGAAACGAUCUGCGUCACCCGACCAAGAUGCCGCCACCGAAACCACUAACAACGCCCUCACCACAAGGAACAACGAGUCCUCUCUGACCUCCUCUGAACCCCCCACCAAGAAAACAAAACUCAUCCGGCGAAAGCGACGGCCAGCGCGCCCACAAGUCGACCCAUCGACCAUCAAAUCCGAACCCCCACCACAAACCGGCACGAUCUUCAACAUCUGGUACAACAAAUGGUCCGGCGGCGACCGUGAAGACGCCUACCUCUCCAAGACAGCCGCGCCCUCACGCUGCAACAUCCGCAACGACUCGGGCUGGACCGCCGCAGACAAGACACCGGGAAGCUACUUCUGCCUGUUCUUCGCGCGCGGCCUGUGCCCUAAGGGCCAUGAGUGCCAGUACUUGCACCGGCUGCCGACGGUGUUUGACGUCUUCAACCCCAACAUCGACUGCUUCGGUCGCGACAAGCACAGCGACUACCGCGACGACAUGGGUGGCGUAGGCAGUUUCAUGCGCCAGAACCGCACGCUGUAUGUCGGGCGCAUCCAUGUGACGGACGAUAUUGAAGAGGUUGUGGCCAGACAUUUUCAGGAAUGGGGCGAGAUUGAGCGAACGAGAGUCCUGACGGGCCGGGGCGUCGCUUUCAUCACGUAUGUCAACGAGGCGAAUUCGCAGUUCGCGAAAGAGGCCAUGGCGCACCAGGCGCUGGACAACAGCGAGAUCUUGAAUGUGCGGUGGGCGACGGUCGAUCCGAAUCCUCUGAGUGCGAAGCGCGAGGCCGCCAGGAUCGAAGAGCAGGCUGCUGAAGCGGUCAGACGGGCGCUGGGCGACCGUGCAGUGAAACAGAUUGAAGGACGAGAGACGAGGGAAGAGACGGACCAGAGAAAACUCGAGUCCAGCUACGGUCUGGAAGGCUACGAGGCUCCAGAAUCAAUAUGGUACAACCAACAACAAGGCCGCGCGCUGGAAGGGCAGAGAUUGGGAGAGACGGGGCUUCUGGAAGCACACCCUCUGCAACCAGGCCAGGAUGGCGGGGACUACUCUGAGCACGUGGGCAACGGCCAGCAGCAUACGGGUACUUCUACGGGCAUUACGGAGAGCAGCGGUGGAGGUGGAAUCCUUUCGGGCUCGACACUGGCUGCGUUGAAAGGCUACGCGGCUGCGGGUGGACGGACACAAUCUCCCAGCACGCAGCCGGCGAAAUCGGCGGCUUCUGGAGGUCUUUUGGUCGGUUAUGGCAGCGAUGACGAUAGUGAUUAG